UGGUCAACUGUGCAAACAAGAGGAGAAAAGGAUGGGAAUACUUUGGAGAUUCCAUCCGAUACCGAAAUCAGCGUUAAAUUCUGCAUAAAUCGGAUCUUUAUCGCUAAACAAAGUGGUCUAUAGCUUGGUUUGGAUCCCUGUAAUGUCAAUGAGCCCUCAAGAGCCGCAAUAUGAGGAGAGGCUUCUACUUUUAGAAGGAGAAAACAAUCACUCUCAGAAUGAAAGCAAAGGACCUUACACAGGGGAUGGAUCAGUUGACCUUAACGGGAAUCCCGUUCUGAAAGAGCUUACUGGAAACUGGAGAGCUUGCCCAUUUAUCCUAGGAACUGAAUGCUGUGAACGGUUAGCAUACUAUGGAAUAUCAAAUAACCUAGUCACUUAUCUUACUAAAGAGCUGCACCAAGGAAAUGUGUCUGCUGCAAGAAAUGUUACCACUUGGCAAGGCACUUGCUAUCUUACACCUCUUGUUGGUGCUUUUGUAGCAGAUUCGUACUGGGGAAGAUAUCGAACUGUUGCAGGUUUUUCUGUAAUUUACUUCAUUGGAAUGCUUUCGUUGACUGUUUCAGCAUCAGUACCGGCUUUGAAGCCUCCUCACUGUAUAGGCUUUGCUUGUCCAGAGCCAAGCACGUUCCAAUCUGCUAUUUUCUUCUUCAGCCUUUAUCUAAUUGCACUUGGCACCGGUGGCAUCAAGCCUUGCGUCUCAUCUUUUGGAGCUGAUCAAUUUGAUGAUACUGACCCUAGAGAGCGACCGGGUAAAGGUUCUUUCUUCAAUUGGUUUUAUUUCUGUAUCAACAUCGGUGCUUUUAUAUCUGGCACUUUUCUUGUAUGGAUACAAGACAAUCGUGGCUGGGGAUUAGGCUAUGGAAUUCCUACAUUAUUCAUGGCUUUAGCUGUCGGCAGUUUCCUUUCUGGCUCCAAAUUAUAUAGAUUUCAAAAACCGGGAGGAAGUCCCUUAACGCGAAUGUGCCAAGUUGUUGUUGCCUGCCUUAAGAAAUGGGAUUUGAAAGUGCCAGAGGACAGCUCUCACCUAUAUGAACUAGAAGGUAGUGAAUCAGCAAUCCAAGGAAGUCGGAAGCUGGAACAUAGUGCUCAUUUCAAUCUCCUUGACAAGGCUGCAAUAAUCUCAACCCUAGGCACCGAAAGAGAGGACCUCUCGAACCCGUGGAGUCUGUGCACAGUCACACAAGUGGAAGAAUUCAAGAUACUCAUCCAAAUGUUUCCCAUUUGGGCCACCACCAUUGUGUUCUCUUCUGUAUACUCACAAACUUCCUUGUUCUUGGAACAGGGCAUGGUCCUCAACAAACAAACUGGAUCUUUCUCCAUUCCUCCAGCCUCACUCUCAACGUUCACUGUUAUCAGUGUCCUCAUCUGCAUUCCAAUCUAUGACCGCCUCCUUAUCCCAACAGUAAGAAAAUUAACUGGCGAAAAAAGAGGCUUCACUGAGCUUCAAAGAAUCGGGAUUGGCCUUUUCGUAUCGAUACUUGCAAUGUUAUCAGCAACCUUAGUAGAGAUCAGGCGGCUUCAGAUUGCAGAAUCUGAGGGCUUAGUACAUGAAAAGGUUGUGGUGCCAAUGAGUAUUCUUUGGCAAAUUCCUCAGUAUUUUUUAAUCGGGGUGGGUGAGGUGUUUACUGCUAUUGGGCAGGUGGAGUUUUUCUAUGAGCAGUCUCCUGAUGCCAUGAGAAGUUUAUGCAGUGCUCUUGCUCUUGUGACGGCGAGUUUAGGGAGUUAUUUGAGUUCGUUGAUUCUGACAGUCGUGGCUUCGUUGACAACUAGAGGAGGAAAUCCUGGAUGGAUUCCUGAUAAUUUGAAUGAAGGGCAUCUUGAUCGGUUCUUUUUGUUGAUUGCGGGUUUGAGUUUCUUGAAUCUUGUAGUGUUUGUUUGGUGUGCCUUGAGGUAUGAAAGCAAGAAGGCUUCCUAGAAUUGUUGUGCUGUGAGAGGGAUUGAAAUAUUGUCAAUUGGAUAAUUGUAGAGUUUGUUUGUUUGGAUCUGUGUAUUUAAUGCGCGAAAAGGAAGUGGAGUUGCAUGUAAAUUUACUGUUAAAGAAGAAUUUGUAUUCCUUCUGCUUUUUUUCUUUUUGGAUGCCGUAGAGAAGUGUGUGUGACGGCUGCGGA